AUGUCGCUGCAGUUUACAGAUGAGGAGUUCCAGAGCGCCUGGAGAGAGCUCGAUGAGCCGCAGCUGGAGGGAGGAUGGGAGCUGUUCGUGGAGACGAUGGGAGUGAAGAUCUACCGGCUCUAUGACAAGGAAACUCGACUUUAUGAGUACAAAGUCUUUGGCGUGCUCGACACCUGCACUGCAGAGCUGUGUGCAGACGUCUACAUGGACUUGGCCUAUCGGAAACAUUGGGAUAAAUAUGUGAAAGAGCUCUAUGAGAAGGACUUCAGUGGACAGACUGCGAUCUACUGGGAAGUAAAAUACCCGUUUCCUCUGUCAAACAGAGAUUAUGUGUACAUGAGGGAGCGCAGAAACCUGGACGUGGACGGCAGGAAGAUCAGCGUGAUCCUGGCCAGAAGUGCUCCGGAGAUACCGUGUGCAGAAAACAGUGGCGUGCUGCGAGUCAAAGACUACAAGCAGAGCGUCGCCCUGGAGAGCGACGGAGGCUGUGGGACUAAAGUUUUCAUGAAUUACUUCGAUAACCCCGGUGGCAGUAUUCCUACCUGGCUGGUGAACUGGGCAGCGGGGACCGGGGUUCCAAGCUUCUUAACAGACAUGCAGAAGGCCUGCAGCAAAUACGACAACUUCUGCCAGAAGAAAUGAAAGCAGCUGACUGAAUGAAUGUGCUCACGCAUAAGGGCUCGGUUUUAUUUUAUUUUUCUUGAGAGGUAUCCUGAUGCUGUUUGAUCAAAUUUGACUUCUCCGUACGGGGUGAAUGUGGCAUGGCGUAGGCUGCUACUUGUCGUCGUAGCAUGCUGUUGACUCAGGCAUGAUGUGCAUGACCGGCUGCCCUCAUUACCAGGCUGGUGUGAAAUCAAUUCGGUUUCAUUGUACUGUAUUAAUCAAUACUGUAUUGUCUUUUUUUCUGUGCAAUCUCUGUAAGCUUCAGUCCUUCCAGGAUUAAGGAGCUUUCAUUAAGCCUUUUUUUAAUGUGGAUACAAAAUACUUGUAAAUGUGUUAUUACUUUGGGGCCUUUGUGGUAGAACAAUGAUUAGUUCUAGUUUUAGCUUCUUGCAUAGGAUUUUAAGGUUUUACCUUGUUUACAUGUUAAAUGUACGGAAGCCCUGAGAAGAAAGUGAGAAAAAACAAAAAAACUGGUUGUCCAUUUUCUAAGUCUGAUUUAAAAAAAAUUCUCUUUUUUGUUUAUGAAUUAAAAAUGGGUAAAAAAAAUGUUUUUCCAGGAUAAUCUUUCUAAGUUAAUUACAUUUUUUUUCUGCCAGGAUAAGUAAGUAAGUAAAAUUCUUUCCUCUUUUAAUCUGUGAAACAGGUGGUUUGUCAGGUGCAUUUUUACAUUGUUUGUUGUUGUAACACUCAUUUCCGCCACAAGAGGUUAAAGUGAACCGUUGUUAAUUGUUAAGAAUAGUCAUAAAAGCAUUCAUGUUUUCUUCCAGUUGAGUUUUGAUUUGCAUAAUUUGCUCACACACAAUACAUGAACCUUGUGUUUAGAGUUAAUGGAGAAAUUAAAACUUACCUGGAAGAAAACAUUUUAAGUUAUAUUUAGAAAAUAAGGUAGUGGUGCACUUCAGCCUCUUGUGGCCAAAAUGGGUAUUACAACUACAAACAAGGUUAACCUGUUUUCACACAUGGAAAAAAGUAAAUAAGUAAAAGAAACUGUUUCACAGAUGAUAUUUUUUCUAGGAACUUGGAAAGAUUAUUCUGAUUAUCCUGUUUGUCAUAAACACCGGAAAGAAAACAAUUUAAAUCAUACUUAGAAUAUCGAUCACUGCAAAUGUUUUAUUUCUCACUUGCCUCUCAGCGUUUCCAUAUGAAUGAGAGUGAUGCAAUAUAAUUUGAUUCUGACUCUAUGACUCUAUGUUUUGGUCACUGGAAUCUUCCCACUGUCCUUUUAAAUUCCCUGUAUUAAUUCAUUAAAUUUAAUGAAGUGAAAAUGACAAAUCAGCACUUUUGGAGGAAUAUCGCCUCAUUUUCAUGAGUUCAUUACUUAUGCAAUGAUCAUUAAUAUGAUACUCUAUGCUGAUGUAUUAUGGGUGCAAAUGGUCAAAGGUACAGUAUCUGAUCUAUUACUGUAUUGAUUCAGGUGAAUGUGGUUUAAUCUGGUCAUGAAAAUCCUAUUACUGUGUAAUA